GCUGCGGAGGGAACGGACGGCGGGAGUAGUAGCAGCCUGAGGGAAGCAGCUCUCGGGAAAAGGGCUCCAUCUGUGCAGCACUGCAGGCAUUUGAACUGAAGAAAGUGACUUUGGAGUUUCUUUCUCUCUUCUGCCAUUUGGGAUUUAAUUUGCAUCAUCUCUGAUUCUAUUUAAAAAGAAGGCAGCAAGUCAAACCCACACACAACAUGUUGUUGCGCAGAAGGACUUCCACUCCCUGGCUGUGCUAUUAAUGUUAGCAAUCAGGAAAAGCCUUUGGGGGCUGCAGAUUCUCUAGUCUGAUGCUGCCGCUGCCGCUGCCGCUGCCAGUGCUGCUAAGGGUUUUGGUGCAGGGAAUCCAAACUGCUGCCUUUUCCAUAUGCUGAGCUCUUCACAUCUGCAUAUCUCUGCUGCUCUCACACACUCCAUCUCCCACCCUCUCUCCAUGGACUGAUUGCUGUUAAGGAAAGCCGAGCCUGACCAAGUGAUCGCUUUUGGGAAGAACACAGAUUGCGUUAUUUAUCUUAUUCUGGUGGAUCUGUUCGGAGGAAAAUCUUUUUUUUUCGGGGGGGGGGAAGAAAAACAUGACGUCGCCCGCUAAAUUCAAAAAGGAUAAGGAGAUCAUAGCUGAAUAUGACACUCAAGUUAAAGAGAUUCGAGCGCAGCUUAUUGAGCAACUGAAAUGUCUUGAUCAGCAAUGCGAGCUUAGAGUUCAGCUACUCCAGGACCUACAAGAUUUCUUCCGCAAGAAGGCUGAAAUUGAGAUGGAUUAUUCCAGGAACUUGGAGAAGCUGGCUGAACGGUUUCUGGCAAAAACAAGGAGCACCAAAGACCAGCAGUUCAAAAAAGACCAGAAUGUUCUUUCACCAGUCAAUUGCUGGAAUCUUCUCUUAAACCAGGUGAAGCGAGAGAGCAGGGACCAUACCACCUUGAGCGACAUCUACCUGAAUAAUAUCAUCCCUCGAUUUGUCCAAGUCAGUGAAGAUUCUGGGCGUCUUUUCAAGAAGAGCAAAGAAGUUGGGCAGCAGCUCCAGGAAGACUUGAUGAAGGUCCUGAAUGAGCUCUACACGGUGAUGAAGACCUACCACAUGUACAAUGCAGACAGUAUCAGUGCUCAGAGCAAGCUGAAGGAGGCAGAGAAACAAGAAGAGAAACAGAUUGGCAAGUCUGUAAAGCAAGAGGACAAGCAAACACCACGCUCUCCUGAUUCAGCCUCCAGUGUCAAGUUUGAAGAAAAACAUGUCCGCCGAAGUUCAGUCAAGAAGAUUGAGAAAAUGAAAGAAAAGCGGCAGGCAAAAUACACAGAAAAUAAACUGAAAGCGAUUAAGGCAAGAAAUGAAUAUCUGCUGGCUCUGGAGGCCACCAAUGCAUCUGUCUUCAAGUAUUACAUCCAUGACCUGUCUGAUCUCAUUGAUCAGUGCUGUGACCUAGGAUACCAUGCCAGCCUUGGUAGGGCACUUAGGACAUUUCUGUCGGCAGAGUUAAACCUAGAACAAUCAAAGCAUGAAGGCCUGGAUGCCAUUGAAAAUGCUGUGGAGAACUUGGAUGCCAACAGUGACAAGCAGCGCCUCAUGGAGAUGAGCAACAAUGUCUUCUGCCCACCCAUGAAGUUUGAGUUUCAACCUCACAUGGGUGAUAUGGUAUCCCAGCUGUGUGCCCAGCAGCCAGUCCAGAGUGAGUUGGUGCAGAGAUGCCAGCAGCUGCAGUCUAGAUUAUCUACACUGAAGAUUGAAAACGAAGAGGUUAAGAAAACAAUGGAAGCCACACUGCAGACUAUCCAGGAUAUAGUCACCAUUGAGGAUUUUGAUGUCUCGGACUGCUUCCAGUAUAGCAACUCCAUGGAGUCAGUAAAAUCAACAGUCUCCGAAACCUUUAUGAGCAAGCCCAGCAUUGCUAAAAGGCGGGCCAAUCAGCAGGAGACAGAACAGUUCUAUUUUACGAAGUUGAAGGAGUAUUUGGAAGGGAGAAAUCUGAUUACGAAGCUUCAGGCCAAACAUGACCUCCUUCAGAAGACUUUGGGAGAAAGUCAGAGAACUGACUGCUCUCUUGCCAGCAGACGCAGUUCUACAAUAAGGAAGCAGGAUUCCAGUCAAGCCAUUCCCCUGGUAGUAGAAAGCUGCAUACGAUUCAUUAGCAGACAUGGACUGCAGCAUGAAGGGAUAUUCAGGGUUUCAGGAUCUCAGGUCGAGGUGAAUGAUAUCAAAAAUGCAUUUGAGAGAGGGGAGGAUCCACUGGCCGGAGACCAAAAUGAUCAUGACAUGGAUUCAAUAGCAGGAGUUCUAAAGCUCUAUUUUCGAGGGCUGGAGCAUCCCCUCUUCCCCAAGGAAAACUUCCAUGACCUGAUUACUUGUGUCACAAUGGAUAAUCUGCAAGAGAGAGCUCUGCACAUCCGGAAAGUCCUUCUGACCUUGCCUAAAACCACUUUGAUUGUAAUGAGAUACCUCUUUGCAUUCCUCAAUCAUUUAUCACAGUUCAGUGAAGAGAACAUGAUGGAUCCCUACAACUUAGCCAUCUGCUUUGGACCCACACUGAUGUCAGUGCCUGAAGGCCAUGAUCAGGUCUCCUGCCAAGCUCAUGUCAAUGAGCUGAUCAAAGCUAUAAUCAUCCAGCAUGAAAAUGUCUUCCCAGGACCAAGGGAGCUGGAAGGCCCUGUGUACACCAGGGGCGGAAGCACUGAGGAUUACUGCGAAAGCCCUCAUGGGGAGACAGCUUCCACAGAAGAUGUAGCUCAGGAUCUGUCCACUGAACACCACACGAGUGAUGAUGAAUGUGAACCCAUCGAAGCAAUAGCCAAAUUUGACUACAGUGGCCGAACAGCUCGUGAGCUGUCCUUUAAAAAGGGAGCUUCUCUCUUGCUCUAUCACCGCGCCUCUGACGACUGGUGGGAGGGACGUCAUAAUGGAAUUGAUGGUCUAAUACCCCAUCAGUACAUCGUUGUUCAAGACACGGAGGAUGGUACAUCAGAAAGAUCAAGCCCAAAAUCUGAAAUGGAAGUAAAUUCUGAGCCACCUGAAGAAAAAGUGACAGCCAGAACUAGUUCCAACUGCCCAAGCGGUAGCCAUGUUGCAGAUAUUUAUCUUGCAAAUAUCAAUAAGCAAAGAAAGAGACCUGAGUCAGGCAGCGUACGAAGAGCUUUCCGUCAAAGUGAUAGUCAUGGACUGCCUACCCCGCUGAGUGAGCCAGGUCCACCAGGAGCUGUGGCUAGUUCUCGCCCUUCCUCACAACCCAUUAUGAGCCAAAGUCUUCCAAAGGAGGUGCCAGACACAUGCUCUAUCAGUGGCCAUGGCAGCCUCAAUUCCCUCAACCGGCAUGCUUCUCUGAAGAACAGGAUAGACAGCCCCCAUAUCCGGAAAAAUGUGACUGCAGGAAGGUCAAAGAGCUUUAACAAUCACCGACCCAUGGACCCUGAAGUUAUUGCACAGGAUAUUGAAGCUACUAUGAACUCUGCUCUGAAUGAACUGCGGGAACUGGAGCGGCAAAGCAAUGUGAAACAUGCACCCGAUGUAGUCCUUGACACCUUGGAGCCACUAAAAACCUCCCCUGUUGUGGCUCCCACGUCAGAGCCUUCCAGCCCUUUGCAUACUCAGAUCCUCAAGGACUCUGAACCAGCUUUCCAGCGAAGUGCCAGUACAGCAAGUGAUAUCCCCUGCACCUUCAGGCCAGCAAAACCUGUCAAAAUAGCUGCCCAGGUCAAACCUCCAGCAACCAGGCCCAAGCCAGCGGUUUUCCCCAAAACAGCCACCUCAAGCCCUGCAGUUUCCUCAGCAUCUCAGCAGUCUACUGACAAGUCCUGUACUGUUUGAACUUGAAGUCCUACUGUGAAUAUAUCUUUUUGUUUGUUUGCUUUCAGAUAAGAGGACCCAGUUACGAAGUCAUUACAAUUUUUAUUUAACUAGUCUUGAACUUCUACUGAAGAUUAGUUUGUAAAGUUGCUAUAGCCAGGGUUAUUCCCCCAGCAGCAAAGCUUCAGCUAAUUAAUCCUCACUUCGCACCUCUCUCUUCAGUGAUGCUAAAAGCAUCACAACUUUGGAUACUCUAAGACGCAGGAAGUCUUAUCUCUGGUCACUGUGGGAAUCAGUGAGGAAAAGGCAGAGCUGGUUAGUCUCUUCACAGUAAAUUACUCAAGUGUCUGACCACUGAGAGAGAACUUCAGUGUCCUCAUGUUUUGAAGGCUGGUAGAAAGGACUUCUAUCUUUCAGUCACUACAGGGAAAAAUGCAACAUUGUUCGUCCAUGUGUGCAUUUGGUCCUAUUGGUUGAAGUGGACUUGGGUGUUCCUGGGCCUUAUUUUUGUGCAUUAUUACAGUCAUUGCUGGUGCCACAAGGCCUAGUGAGUUUCCAUUACAGUCUGCCUCUUUUCAGAGAAACGCGUUCUGUGUUUUCUGUGUUUUUUUUUUAAAAAAAUCAUGAAUAGUGUCUCACAAGUGUAGUCUCAGCUUUGUUGAGGCACAUAUGUGUACACCUAUGCAUGUGUUCAUUUAAAGUUAAACUGAAGUUAUGGAGAUUUGAGGAGUACCAGAGUUUGCUGCAUGGUUAAGUACACCCUUGGUUGCAUCUUUGCUUGAUGCUUCCAGAAUGGAAAGCAGCCAUAAGCUUUGAAAGGAAAAGUUGAAACUCUUUCUCUAAGACAGACUUGGAAGAGGACAUGAAAAAAAGAGUUGAGUUUUGCAAACCAGCAGGUGUUCGUUCUCCUUCUUGUGGCAUUUCCAAAUAUGAACAUCUAUGCUGGUUUUUGUAAGAUGAGAUGGGCUGAAGCCCAGCUCCACCAGUUUUGACCAAUCUAGUUCUGAUAGUCACAUUUAGCAGCUUGGCCCAGUCUUUUUCCUCUUUUCUCCUCCCAUCUCACCUUGUUGCUCGUCCUACUGUGAUCUUGAAGGAUGGCAAUAAAAAGUGAAUAAAAUCUGUCAAGGGAUAUGGAGAAAGUCGGCGAUGCAGUAUAUAUCAGUGUAGAUCACCAUGUCUCCAUGCACUCUAUCAAUAGUCAAAUAAAUUGUCUUAGUUAUCUGGGUUUUUACAUGAUAGAUUAUAAUUGUUCAAAGUUCCAACAGACUAUAUGGCUUGCAUUGAAUGGGAAUUUAUAUUCCACACUGGUUAACAUUUUAAAAAGGAAAUGCAUACUUCCAAAGCAACCAAGUUCCUCUGCCUCUUAUGUCACCGUCUAAAGGGACUCUGAAUUAAAAUGGAUUCUGAUGCUAGCACACUUCUUUGAUUCUCAACUAAGAACAAAAUAAGAAACUGAAAUGUGUUAUCUUUCAUGUUACAGGUCUGAGUACAAUUUCUUUUCUUGUGGUUUUAUGAAUGGAAUAGUUAAUAACUGAUAUUUUAAUAGAAACAAGAUACUUGUCUUCUGUGAACAAACUGACAGUGGUCAUUUCAGAUUUUCUUUUAAUCUUCUUACAUAAAUUUUUAAAUGAAAUUUUAAAGAAAAUUUGACAAUCUCACAAUCAGUGGUAGAAAGCAAACCUUGUGAAAGAUUGGAGAGGCAGUUUUGUUCUUUUACAUUUACUAGUUGUUUCCUUUUGGAAACACUGACCCAUAGUCCAAGUGUGCAUUUUUACCUCUACUUGGAUCUUGGCUGGCUCAAGGGAAUGAGACCUGACACUUCAAUAUGAUCAUUAGCUCUCAGGAUAAGAGAGACUUGUAAUCCAGGAAUCCAUUUCUUUCUUUCUUUCUUUCUUUCUUUCUUUCUUUCUUUCUUUCUUUCUUUCUUUCUUUCUUUCUUUCUUUCUUUCUUUCUUUCUUUCUUUCUUUCUUUUUAAGAUUAGCGUUUCAAUCAGGCAAAGCUACUGGAUUUUUUGUUUGUUUAUCAAAUCACAAUAGGAGUUCCAGCUCUUAGGCCAGAUUAGAGCUUUAGUGCCGGUCUUAACCAUGUGGCAUGUUAGAUAGGAACAAUUUCUCCCAUUCCUUCAGCACUGUGAUAGGUAAACACACAUACCUGUUCAACUUAUCCUUGGCAUGAAAUAGCCUUUAGCCUCAGACAUUGUUAGUUCUAGCAUUUUGUCAUUACAGGUUGGUGGAGAUGGAAUGGGGGUGAGCAAAAGAGCUACUUCAGAGAACACUAAUUAAGCAUGUUAGCAAUGCCUUAUUUUGUCUGCCAAGCCUUGUACCAGAGAAGAGCAGCUCAGCCAACCAAGGCACUAUGGAACAAUACUUUCAUUCUGGUUUCCAAAAUAUUUGGGUUUGUGAGUAAAAACUGGUAAUUUUUUAACAUGUCUUAAAAUGUUAUCAUCAGUCCUUGCAUAUGUAACUUUGCUGUUUUGCUGACCUCAACAUGGGAGAACCUACUGACAAGUGUAGCAAAAACUUAGAGAGUAUACAACAUAUUGUGUGCCAUCCAACUGGAAUUCAAAUGAUCUUAUAUUGCAAAUGUAUAUAUGUAAAGUAUUUUCCUUCCAUAAACAAACUGCAAGCAAUUUUUUUCCAGGAAAUAAAUACUUAAAUUGGUUUAGAUUUGCCCAGUUUCAAGACUUCUCAGUCAGAUAACUUGCCAUCUGUUACUUUUACCAAGAUUCCCAUGCCCUUGCAUUUCCAGAAAGGGAGGUGGUUUCCAGAUGCUUCUGGUGGACUUAUUACUGAAGAGAGAUUUAUAGCAUACCUACAAACAUAUACUGGCCUGGAUCCUAUGAGUGCAUUCUUCAUGCACUGGACAGCCUCUGUUGCACAGUGCGCUUCUUCUGCUAGCACUUCCACUUGUGUAAGGGCUUAUUGAAAAACAUUGGUCUUGUACACGCAGAAGUGCUAGCAGCAGAGGGAGGAUGCUCCUCUGACAGUGUACAUGGAAUGCAGUCGCAGAACCCAGGCUGUAGAUUUUAUGUCACUAACUGCUGUGAUUUCUCCUUGAAGAAUCCUGGAGAAUCUAAGUUGGUGAAGAACUAAAAACUCUUUUAGAGACCCAUCCCUCCUGUUCCUUCCACAACAGAACUAUGUAUACCAGAAUUCCUUGAGAAAAGGGAAUAGCUUUUCAAGUGUAGUGGAGAUAUGCCCAUAGAAUGUUAGUAUAAUGGAGAACUAGUAGAUUCUCUAAGGUAUUCAAUUCAAAAAGGAUAUUAAAUCUGACCAGGAAUUACAACUUUACCUGUGUUGUGUCAAGGGAAUAGUAAGCAAAAUGUUUAUAACUCAAGCCAGGCAUUUUUGUUUUCUCACCAUCUUCUACGGGAUUGCCACUUAAUAGAUGGUGAAAAGAGCACUUCUGUUGUUUAUCUCUCAGAGUAUCUGCAACAGUGACAUGGCUGUAACAAUCUCAUUUCUCUUAGCUGAGUUUUGUGGGCUGCUUAAUUAUAAACAAGAUUUAAUUCUUAUUAAGUUGUAACUCCUUUACAAUCUGUGGUGAUUUAAAAGUCCUUGUGAUCCUCUAGGCUUAGUUCACAUCUCAGUCCAUUGAACGACAACCAAUUAAAAAAAAUCACCCACAUAUUUCUGCUGACUGCAUGGAAUAGCACUGGAUAUUAAUACUGUGACCAUGAAGGAAAGUAUCUUGUAUGUUCAAUGACUGUGAAAGGUUGUUAGAUAAGUGGACGAAACUUCAUUCUGUUACUAUAAAGUGUCUGAACGGUAUUUUGUCUAGUUAACAGGCCCCUCUCUCCCAAACACACACACUAGCAGAAAGUAUAGAUGACAGUGCAAAGCAGCAACAAUGGUUUGUGGUUCAUAUUUUAAUUAACUUUUCCUAGAACAGGAUCCUGACUGGUUCCUUGCCUGAUUUUUCCAGCCACCCAUAUGGAUACAGGAUUUUUAUCCUGUAAAGAUUUGUGUAUUAGAGUCACCAACUUUCAGGCAACUUGGAGAUGUGGAAUUACAACUGAUCUCCAGAUGACAGAGAUUAGUUCACUAGAAGGAAAUGGCAGAUUUGGAGGACAGACUCACAUCCCCUUCUGCUCUCCUCAAAAACUGGCCCCAAAUCUCCAGGAAUUUCCCAAGCAGGAACUAGCAAUCCUACUCUACAUAACAGAAUAUAAUAUCACAUCUGUAACUUUGGCUAGACUGUAUUCAUUGUACAGACAGAGCAUUACAUACCGCAAAGUAUCCAGUGUUUUGAGAGUCCAUGAUUGCUAACUGUUUCUGACUGACAGUAAUAGUCAUCUGCAGACCACACUGAAUGUUGGGGAUAAAGGGCUAAGAACAUACCCCAUGCCAUGCUCACACUCUGAAAUAAAGGCAGGUGACUGCCAGGGAGAGGAGACAUGCAUACACCCCGAACACUCUGUCUCAAGUCUCCUUUGGGAAAGGGAGAAAGCAGAAAUAUAUCUAAUCAGGAAAAGAAUCUCUUCUCUGCCUGGCAAGAAUGUCUCCUUGCCUUCCUCUUUCCUGCUUUUUAAAGCAAUUGCCAGAGGACUCAGUGGAAGCAGUUUGCAGCUAGUAGCCUAACAAUAUCCCUCAAUGGGUUGGACAUGACUCCCAAGCUAUCAGUUCCCAAAUUUUGGUCACUGGAAAAAAUAAAAUAUCAUUUUGGGGCAUCUACUUAGAACCUGCCUAUCUUUAAAUUCAUUUGCUUUCAGGAUCAAAACCCAAAUGACUGAAUGCCUUUUGGGGUAAAACUUUAUAGGCUACAAAUGUGUAAUUAUUCUAUAGGGUACAAUAUUUUCAUGAAGAUUGUGAUGACACUUAAAAUGAAGGAAAUGCCUAAGAAACAGGAAGACAACAGAACCUGGUCUGCUUUGGUUGUAAGUUUGUUUCUAAAAAACCAUAUAGUGGACCUGCUCACUCAGAGGGCAGCCUCAUACUGGGCAUCCUCAGGCUGCAAUGUCAUUGGUUUUUUUGAAAGGAUGACAUGCUGCUUUUGAAAGCAAAAGUGUGGAUGUGGUGCCAGAUAUCUCUCAUAUCUAAGUAGAUGAAUCCUAAAACAUUUAAUCAUGGUGAGAAUUCUUCCUUAUUACUUACUAACAAAAACAUUUCCCCAGCUCCAAUUAUUAUAAUGAAUGAUGCUAGGGAGCGCACAAAGCUUAUGAAAAGCUGUUACCUGUCUGCUGGGUACCGCACAAAUUAACAGUUAUGCACGUGCAGUGGCUACUUUUCAAAGGUUCUAGUAACUUUCCAGUUCAUCUGCUUCAGUGAAAAAAAUUGCAUUAAUCUUAGCUCAUCUUGAAAGUAUUGGAGUUGGGGGCUGUAGAGACUUUUUUAAUGGAUCUAAGAUGCGCUGCUCUCCCCCUGCCCCCCCCCCCCGAAUCUAUUAGGGCACAUUUCUAUACAUUGGAAAGUAGACCUUCAGUUAUUGUGGCACUACAAUAAUUUUUAAAAAGACUUGUAUGUUUCUCUCUCUUUCUGGAGAUAGAUGGCUGCCAUCUGCCUAACCAGGGCUUUGUGGGUGCCAAAUUGUUAGAGCAAUAUACUAAAAUAGGAAAAGGGAAACAUAAAGGACAGACCAUAAUCCAUUCAUAUAGCCAAAACACAGCAAGGGCUGAAGCAUAUAUUUUUGAAAAGGAAUGGCAGCAAUGUCUUGAUUCUACUGUAUGUAACAAUUCAAUUGCACAAUCUAGCAGCAAUCUUCAGUAAUAUGUGUUUUUACAAUCUAAUCCUGUAAAGUCAGGUUUGGGUUCAUUCAGUGCAUUAGAUUAUUUGGGUUUUUUAAAAAUUAAUAGCUGUUUUAAUGGAUUUGGAAUGAAAUGUUCUUGUUUAAAAGCAAUUUGUUUAUCUUUUACACCAGUCUAUAUAUAUGGUGUAUAUAUUUUCCUUUCAAAGCAAAAAAAGAAAACCUGUAAAAUUGUACUUUGUAUAUACUACUAUGUACAAUAUUGGAGGUACAUCUCUUCUUUCUUUUUGGUACAGUAUUGUACAGUAUUAGAGGAGUAAAUGUGUUGGAAUUGUUAAACCCAUAUGGAGGGAAACAAAUAUAUCUGUUGUCAUUAGCAAUAGUUUUGAAAAAAUAAAUGUUUGGAUAUGGUGGAAGUGCUGACUUAUGAACAAAA